AUGGCUGCUCCCACGCAUACAUACGGGCCAACAUGCCUGCUCUACGAGGAAGAAGGCAACACCGUUAUCAAGGGCAGCCCAGACGAAGUAAUCCCUCCACCACCCACCGUGCGAGCCCAGUUUUUCUACCUAUCAUCGCUCCCAAUCGAUGACCCCUUGACACCAAUCACAGCUCCAACCACCAACUCCAACACACAGCUGCCGACGAGACCGUUUUCAAGCCGAGACAGUAUAGCUUUGGAAGAAGCUUGGCAGGCUCUGCGGGCUGAUUUUGAGAGGGAAAACACAAGUGACUCCAGAGCCUCUGGUUCCCGGGAAAGCACUUUGAGACUUCGGGGAAUACCUCCAGCUGUCGAACGAAGCCGGCGAGGGUCGGAUGGAAAGCUUAUCAAAAACAGCAAAACCCUCCCAACUUCCCGGUUACGGGGUGAGGGAAGAGAAAACCGGAGAAGCUCUCUGGGGGUUCGGGAAAUAUUUGUGGAUGGCAGUGUUACUGCUGGGAAGGAAUCAAUUUCCAACGUACCAAAACCUAGAAACGCUGAAUUACCCGACUUCGAAAAGUCAAAGCAACGACGAAGAACUCUUGGAUCUUAUGAAACUUGCGAAAAGCUACAGAAAUGCCAGAGUUCUCCUGUUCAGCUUAUUCCCGGAACACCUACGAGAAGUGGGACGCCGCUUCAGAACGGUGACGACGGGAGGAUGCGAACCAUGGCUGAUACCAAUGUCACUGGAUCUCCAUUCAUUCGGGCGCCGGUUAGAGAUCGAUCGGAUUCUGUAGCUAGCUCAGCUUGGGGCAACGAAGAUAUACUUGAACAAAUGAGACGCCCUUUCAACGGAGACAACAAUUCUACUACGCAAUUGAAAGCAGCCCUAGAGCUAGACCAUGAAGUCAAACCCAAACUUCGAGAGACACCUUCUCCAAAACCAGAUUCCCGACCUUCGACCACUGGCUCGGAAGUUGUUGACGCAGGUGUAACGGUGACCGUAGGCGCAACACGCCUUCAUCUCGUAGAAUUGCCGAAACUACAGAUGAAGCCCAUUUACUGGAGCCCAGUGAACGAUAUCUCAAGUGUUAUUAGAGCAACUUGGUUUUACAAGAAUACUAUGCUUCCUGUAGAAACGGAUCUCGCGAAUCAUUUGGAAGACGGCUACAUGGAACUGAAACCCUGGACACAAACGUGGCAAGAUGAGCUCGAUAGCUGCAUAGAAAAUGGCGCGGAGGCCGAGGAAAAAAUUAUAUACAAGCUCUGGCCCGAUGAGGUACCGAAGAAAGCAGACAAGGCCGGACGUGAAUCACCUGCAAUCAUGUCCAUUGGAAGCGCACACCUGUCACAGCAUGCAACGCAUCUUGAUUUUAGUGUAAAUAGAGCCGCUGGUGGUGUGGAAGGGCAGGUAGAUACCGUACGGCAGUUCAAAUCUUCCAGUGUCAUAUACGUCAAUGCGAAGGAGGCACAAAUCUUACGACCAAGUCUGUUACCAUCAGUUGCACGCGGCCGUCGACCCCUAGCCUCUGUACGGAAGGGCAGACAAAUUGGCAUCCCGGUGGUACGAGGAUUCAGCCCGCAACUAUGGGAUAAAUUGCAUCCGUCAAAGUUCGUUUCUACAAACGCAAGGAAUUUCAUGAAGAUGCGUGAGAUGGCUGCUAGCCCAUCUGCUUCUCGCCGACAAAUCUGUUAUGCCUGUCAGAUGGAGGAUAAGAGGCAGGAUGUGAGUGAUCUUGUUUUGGUUAUCCACGGCAUUGGCCAAAAACUAUCUGAACGAGUCGAGAGUUUCCAUUUCACCCAUGCAAUCAAUGCCUUUCGAAAAGACGUGAAUGCAGAGCUGAGCAGCGAUGCGGUAUGGCCACAUAUGCGUCAAGGUCAAGAGAGCAUAAUGGUACUCCCAGUCAAUUGGCGAACAACUCUAUCUCUUGAAGGUGCGGAAGAAAGCAUUUCGGCAGCCGAGGAUCCUCAUGCAAACAACUUUUCGUUGAAAGAUAUCACUCCAGACACAAUUCCGGGAGUCCGAAAUUUGAUCAGCGAUGUUAUGCUUGACAUCCCAUACUAUCUGUCUCAUCAUAAACAGAAAAUGGUACAUGCGGUGGUCAGAGAAGCAAAUCGAAUAUAUCGGCUUUGGUGCCAGAAUAACCCUGGCUUCCAAUCCCGUGGAAGAGUACACAUAAUUGCUCAUUCCCUGGGAACGGUCAUGGCAGUGGAUAUCCUUUCGCAUCAACCGACUGUUCUUCCGUCCAUUGAUUUCGCCAGCACUGAAAUCAGCGAGGCUAUGUUCGAGUUUGAUACCAAGAACCUAUUCCUCUGCGGUAGUCCUGUAGGAUUUUUCCUGCUUCUCAACAAGUCCGUCCUUCUUCCACGCAAGGGUCGGAACAAGCCUGGUAUGGACCAUGCUGGUCAAGCCGGAAAAUACGGAUGCCUUGCAGUCGAUAAUAUAUAUAAUAUCCUAAACGAUACGGAUCCUAUUGCGUACCGCUUGAAUGCAGCGGUGGAUGCUGAUCUGGCAAACUCGCUCAAACCAAAGAUUAUACCUAUUGGUAGUACCGCUCACGGCGCCGCAGCUACAAUAUCCAAGCUCCCUUCAAAUAUCGAGCUGGAGACUCAUGAUUUCACCCGCGAGGAAAUCGCCGAAACACGCAUGGCUCUUUUGAACGACAAUGGACAAAUAGAUUUCUACCUCAAUGUUGGCGGCGGGCCUUUGAAUAUUCAAUAUCUCAACAUGCUCAGUGCACAUAGCAGUUACUGGACACUGCAAGAUUUUGUACGAUUUAUCGUUGUGGAAAUAGGAAGAGUUCCUGGCAGAGACGGGGCAUUAUUGGCGCUUAGAGCGGAGAAGAAAAAGGGUUGGAAAACGGCGAAAUGA